UGCGCCGCGCCGGCAUUCCGGCGCUCGGGUGGGUCUUCCGCGGGUUGAAGCGCUGGCCGCGGAAGCUUCCCACUGCCGUGCUGCUGGGUUGACUUUUGGUUCGCGUUGAGGCUUUCAGGCUGGUCUCGAAUUCCGCUAUGUACCACAACAGCAGCCAGAAGCGGCACUGGACUUUCGCCGACGAGGAGCAGCUGGCGCGGCUGCGGGCCGACGCCAAUCGCAAAUUCAAGUGCAAGGCGGUGGCGAACGGGAAGGUUCUUCCAAACGAUCCAGUCUUCCUUGAGCCUCAUGAAGAACUGACUCUGUGUAAAUACUAUGAGAAAAGAUUAUUGGAAUUCUGUUCAGUGUUUAAACCAGCAAUGCCACGGUCCGUUGUGGGUACAGCUUGUAUGUAUUUCAAGCGUUUUUAUCUUAAUAAUUCUGUAAUGGAAUAUCACCCCCGGAUAAUAAUGCUUACUUGUGCAUUUCUGGCCUGCAAAGUAGAUGAAUUCAACGUGUCUAGUCCUCAGUUUGUCGGAAACCUUCGGGAGAGUCCCCUUGGACAGGAGAAGGCCCUGGAACAGAUUUUGGAAUAUGAGCUACUCCUUAUACAACAACUUAAUUUUCACCUUAUUGUCCACAAUCCUUACAGACCAUUUGAGGGCUUCCUCAUUGAUAUAAAGACCCGCUAUCCCAUGCUGGAGAAUCCAGAGAUUUUGAGGAAAACAGCAGAUGACUUUCUUAAUAGAAUUGCGUUGACGGAUGCUUAUCUUUUAUAUACACCUUCCCAAAUUGCCCUGACUGCCAUUUUAUUUAGCGCCUCCAGGGCUGGAAUUACUAUGGAAAGGUUUUUUCCUUUCUCUAUCAGUUAUUUAUCAGAGAGUCUAAUGCUGCGCGAAACCAGAAGUUGCUUGUCACAGUUACUGGAUACAAUGAACAGCAUGAAAAACUUAGUAAAAAAGUAUGAGCCGCCCAGACCUGAGGAAGUUGCUGUUCUGAAACAGAAGCUGGAGCGGUGUCACUCUGCUGAGCUUGCACUGAAUGUAAUUACAAAGAAGAGGAAAGGCUAUGAAGAUGAUGAUUAUGUAGCAAAGAAAUCCAAACAUGAAGAGGAAGAAUGGACUGACGAUGACCUGAUCACUAAACUUUGGCAUCGCGACAAGGUCUACAUUUAUCUCUGAAAAUUUCCUAACCAGCCCCAUGAAAAAAAAAUCAAUAUUUUAGAGAUUUUAUCUGUUUUAUCUAUUGACCAUCUAGCUAAUGUAGGGGAUCUACAAAGGUAAGUAACAAGUUUCCCCCUCCAACUUAAGAAAACAACAUUAAAGUAUAAAAGCAGGAUACAUUUUUCAGGUUUGUGUUUUAUGAUAAAUGGCAUGGGAGAAAGACUCUGGAAUGGCAGACAUUCUAAAAAAGAUUUUAGAAUAUUACUAGGCCUAUCCCUCCCAUUCUGUCUUCUGUCCAGUGAAUGAAGAAGAGACUGACUGGGACACUACUGUGGUGAAGAGGAAAGUAAAGUGCUGUGGUCUGGAGAGGAGAGGGUGGAGUGGCAUGAAGAUCAAGGGAAAGGGCCACAGGACGUGUUUGAGUUGGGGUUAACACUGCUUACGUGUGAUGGAAGCUAUAUGAGGCUAGCUGCCUUCACAGAAGUAAUUACCUGUUACAGUGUAAAACAAGAGUAGAUGCCAUAUUUUAAACCACGAGGGGCUGGGAGUAUAGCUCAGUGGCAGAGCUGUAGCAGUGCUACAAAGAAGUAACGAUCAGAGAAUCGGUAUUGCUCUCGGAAUGCCGGCCUGUAGAAAGCUUUUCUUUGCCUUGGGAGCUGGUUAUCCUCAUACUUGGUUCCCAUCUCCCUCACUGUUGUUAUUACUAAUCUUCCGCACUUGUCAUUUUUCCUGGCUUGUCUCCCCUGCACACAUGGGGAAGAAGGAAAUAACUGUGUAACAAAUACAUAUUGAAAGAGUAGGAAUUUUUUCAAAAGAGACCAUUAAUUAACUAACUGGUGCUAGUUUUAACUGCCCCUAAAGAAGGAAGAAAAUAAAUUAAAUGCUUGGCAAUAUUUAGACAGAAGUAAUCACUUUGUAAGAUAUCCCUUGGUUUAUUUUAACUUAACCCUUGUGAAUACUUCACAAAAAUACACAUACAGAAGCAAAUAAAA